ACAGCUGCGCACUUGUCAGUGCCCUCUCCGGCCUCUACUGUGUAAUAUGUCGAAGCGAGAGAGAAGAGGCAUUUCUCUCUCUCUCUCUCUUUUUUUCUGAAAAUUGUAAUGGAAAAAUCGGUUUUUUAUCAAAAAUAUGUGUCAUAAUAUGUCACCUACAUGUGCGUGUGAAAAUAUUUUAAUAACAACAUACGUAUAUAUUUAUAAAAUAAAAAAAAAUCAUGCGCGACUAAACAGUGAUUUUAUCGACAGUCGAAAAAAAGUUUGUCAAUUUAGUUUCCGAAAUGGACCUAUAGAUGGAGUGGUGUUCGCGCAAGAUUUGUGUGUGGUUAGUUUUUCGUAGAAAAAAAAAAAAAAAUCGAGCCUUUUUUUUCUAAAUCUGAAAAUAUAAAUUAUAUCCUUGUGAUACAUGUAGAUGUAUAUGUUUCAUUGUAUUUUUGUCCGAAUUUUACGACAGCAAAAUGUAAUAUGCCGCUGAAAUGACAAAGAUUUUAUAUGUCGACAUUAAAAUAUCUGUAGAAACACACAGUUUAAUUUUGGACGAUUCAUAUAUUUUUGGAUCGCGCGUGCCAAAUAGAAAGCAAUGGUGACUAAAUUAAUUGAUUAAUAUAAAUUGGAGUGAAGACAAUUCGUCGUGUUGCGACAAAUUCAUUGAAACUCGCUGUCAUGAAUCUUGUCGGAGUUGUGUUUCUCUCUGCAAUUUAAUUGUAAAGAAUUAUUUGUAGCAUCCUAAAGUGACACAAUGCCUGGAAAAAUAAAGGUGAAAAUAUUAGCUGGUCGUAAUUUACCAGUUAUGGAUCGUUCUGGUGAUACAACAGAUGCAUAUGUUGAAUUAAAGUUUGGUACUAUAACAUACAAGACGGAUGUAUGUCGAAAAUCAUUGAACCCGCAGUGGAAUUCAGAAUGGUAUCGAUUUGAAGUUGACGAUGCAGAGUUGCAGGAUGAACCGUUGCAAAUUAGAUUAAUGGAUCACGAUACAUAUUCUGCGAAUGAUGCGAUAGGCAAAGUUUAUAUAAACUUGAAUCCUUUAUUAUUACCCGGUAUGCUGCCUCCAGUAAAAAAUAUUUGGACCUUAGAAGCUUCAAUGAAUACCAGUGUUGGUUCACAAGGAUCAGUUAUGACCGGAUGGAUACCUGUAUAUGAUACAAUGCAUGGCAUACGUGGUGAAGUAAAUAUUAUUAUCAAGGUUGAGUUAUUCUCCGAUUUUAACAAGUUUCGACAAUCAUCGUGUGGAGUGCAAUUCUUUUAUUCACCGAAUAUACCAUAUGGAUAUCAUGCACAAAUGAUACAUGGAUUUGUUGAAGAACUUGUAGUUAGCGAUGAUCCUGAAUACAAAUGGAUUGAUAAAAUAAGAACGCCUAGAGCAUCAAACGAGGCACGACAGACUUUAUUUUUUAAAUUAAGCGGCGAAGUACAAAGGAAAAUUGGAUUGAAAGCCUUGGAUCUUGGUGGAAAUGCUGUGAUUGGAUAUCUGCAAAACUUCGACUUGGAAGGUGAAUCUGGUAUCGUUGCCAGAGGGAUAGGCACAGCAGUGACCCUCGUAAAAUUGCACGAUGUUCUCGGUUUUCCUUGCGAUAACGUCAACAUCGAGGAGAUCGCAUUCGCGCUCUCCUCAUGCACUAAAAAAGCGCGAACGGAACGUUUAGAUGGCAGUAUGCCAUUCAUACCCAUCUCUAUUCCCGCUUCGUGUCCUGCGCGCAUACCCAUAAACAAGGGUCUUUCAUCUUGCGCGGGAUCUCUAUCGUCGCUGACGCGCCUAGAACGUUCGACGAGGAUACCCGAGGCUCCUGGGUGUACCUGGACGCGAAGGAAUGCACGCGGCAAGCGAGUCCCGUUUCUCCGAUGCAACACUAUGAGCACCAUGAACCUCAGGACAGCCACUUCCGGCGGUUCGGACCUUGUCCCGUCCGCGGAAGUCAAUAGGAACCUGAUCGGGGAGACGGUGAGGUCUGUACGUACCAUGUUGACGGCGGAGGACGCCGCCGGCAGGAAGGAAUCGUCGAGAGACCGACUCUCCAAACAGAUCAGGCACUUGCGUGGCAAAUUUGAUUCGGUCGGCGAAGAGAAUCAUUCUGUUGCACGGUCGGAUUCCGACGCGAAUCUUACAAGAUCAUUUCCUAUGAAUUCUAAGAAGAAUGAAGCUAAACCUAGCGCAAUGGCCGCCCUGCUGAUCGGUUCUAUACGGCAUAUGCCUUUGGAGAAUGUCAGAAAUGACGAUCUUACCUUGAUCUCUCCCAGCGAUGAGCAAUCGAGCACGACAAACGAAAACGUAGCUGAUGCAGGGUGUUGUAGGGAGAAUCCUCAGGAGAAUGCAGACACCAAGGAUGAAGGACAGCCGCGGGACAACGCAUCCUCGUCGGUCGACGAGAUGUCCUCCUUCGACGACGACGAUGACGUCGAUGAUGGUAACUUUUCCGACGACGAAUCGUCGAACGGCACCACCAGUUACAAUAUCUUGGACGAUUCAAGGUCGCUCGACGGAGGCAGAGACUCGUCCAGUCUCCAGGAGACGAUUCCCAUCACCGUUCGGUCCAGCGUGGAAAGCUGCACGGAUUCCACCCUGCAAGUAGAAUUGGAUUGUCAAUCAUCGUCGAGUUCGAAUGCAGCGAACGCGGAGGGUGCCGAGCUACUAAAUGACGUGAUAAUCCCUGUAAUUACCGUGGACAUUCACGAGAGCGCAGACUCGGAUACAUCCGUCGACGCAGUUGGACUGUCGAACGAUGAAAGUCCCAACUUAACAAUCUCACAUAGCUUAGGGAAGAGCGAUACUUUUGCUCCGACAACGAUUUCUUCGUCGGAUGAGCAAAAGAUCGACGACGCAAAUCGUAAGGCACUCGAAGAUGAAGAUUUAAAGAAGCGCUACCACAGCGACGAUACCACAUUUGGGUUUGAUAAUUCCUUGCGGGAAAUGAUGGAACAAUCAGCACCGCAACUCGACACCUCGUCUCCCCCUGAAACGGAAGAUCAAAUAAGCGUGGAUAGAGAAAGAAAUGAGCCGGAGCUUGACUUACCUGCCGCAUCUGAAUCAUCCCGCGCAAGCUUAUCUAAGGAGGAGCUGCGGGCGAGGGCGAUCGUCGCCGUUAGACGCAGAUGUAUGUACGAUCUGAUCCAGCUGAUCGACACGAAGAUGAUGGUGUCGACUUCCCGUCACAGAAAGAGAGCCGUAUCCCUGAGGAGCAAGAAGAGAAAGAAGCGUGAGAGAAAGGCGCGCAAGAGAGUCGCUGAUACGUCGGAGAAUAACUCGCUGGAGAAGGUGAUUCCUUCGCGGGGUGCAUCCACGAGAAGACACUCGCGCAGACGACGUCGCGGGGACGAUGUUCCUCUUCCGCGGGUUCGCUCGAAUCCCGAUUGUCUCUCUUCGCAGCCGCUCGUCUCGAUUCUCCAGAUCACUUCUCGCUCCUGUGGUUCUUCCCUUGUCAACUUAACCGAUCGUCCUGUCGUGUCACGCGGUGAUUCAAAGCGGGUCGCCCUGCUUCCUCCCGAAGGAGGGCCGAUACCCGUCAGCGGCAACUGCCCUCGCAAACGCACCAUUAGCACAAUCUGUAAUUUAGAGAGAGCGUCAUGUCACAUUAAGCCCACUAACACGGCUAAUAUAACUCACAACACGUGUGUGUCCCGUCCUUCUCCCGAUCUUAGGCAACAAGAUGAGGCGUCCGUCAGUCCGUCUUGUCCGCUUCCGGCCGUUUCUUCGAUGACCGUGAAGAUGUCCCAGUCACCGGCCACCAGGACCCUCGCCAACGUACCGCUUCAUCGAAGAUCGAGCGAUUCCGAUCUGAGUGUUACUCCCAAAGGUAACUCCCUCGGUAGCAGUGACAGAUCGGUGCCCGGACCCUUGAGGACACCAGCUGGGGUGGUCAGAUCUAUGAAUCAGGAUACGUUGGAAAUGUUAGAGUAUCCAUUUAUUACAAUGCAACAUUAUCCACCUGGUUUCAUAUUGCAUAUAGGUGGCCUGGUGAGCUCGAGAUCCGUAAAAUUAAUCGAGAGGAUAAGUAAUUUAGAGGAACCUGAGGGCCGUGAUGCGUGGUGGACCGAAAUCAGGAUGGAAGUUAGAUCACACGCGAGAGCUUUGGCUUGCAAUGUUGUCAUAGGCUACAAGGAAGAGACUAGUAUAUGCGAUGAUGUAUGCGUUCUGAGUGCUUCCGGCACAGCGGCGGUCAUAAAUUUCCACAAUUCCGGCCAGGAUCCGGAGGGCGUCGUAAAUAAGCUCCAGCAAGGCGUCUCCGUGGCUGCCGUCGACUCGGACCGCGAGAAGGGCCAGCAAAAAUUAACGGCGGUGACGAAGGCGACGGAGAAGGUCGACGGCGAUGCGGUGACCACCGUGACGUAUCCGGAGCGGCUGAACGGGAAGCUGCACCGACGUUCCUCCGAGAGCAACGAGCACGAGAGCUCGUGCAGCCAGUCGCAAUUGCGGUGCAAGCUCAGCCACCUUCCUUACAGCGAGAGCAGCGUACCAUUUAGAGUUAACGUAUCCAAAUGUGCCAUAUGCAAACGUGCCAAAGUCCCGGACGUGAUGUUCACUACUAUAGAAGUGCCGGCGAAUAUAUCGACGACCGGAAGAGGCUGCUUCAUACAGGCCACCGUGUGUAAGAGCAAGAAGGAUCUGCGAGGCGAGUUGAAUGCGAAGGAGAUAUCCGAUUGUCUGCCUUUUCUGGAAUACGAGCUCCACAGUUUGCUGCUGAACAAGCUGAAGAUUAAAGGCAUGAACGCGAUCUUCGGCCUCAAGUUGCAGGUUUCCGUAGGAGAACGAUUUCUAAUCGGCAUGGCGGUAGGCACCGCGAUCUAUCUCACGGCCUUACCGCCGCCUACCAUUCCGCAGAUAGCUUCCGGCAAUUCGUGGCAUAACGAGGAGCAAUUGGCGGAAAUGCAAAAGUCCAUCGUAGAGACGCUGAAGAAGAAUAGAGAAUUUUAUCGGCUGAAACCAAUUGGAGUCAACGAAGUGGAAAAUGGCCGCGUUCCGAGUACUUCCGAUACAGACGAAUCAGACGAGGAUCUGCCGGAACUUGACCUUGGAGUGGGUACUCGCGACGCGUGUGUCUUGGAAGUGGACGACAUCGAGGAUAUGGAUCGGAUAUCGUCGCUGAUGGACAACAGACCGCCUGAUGAUUUUCACGUCGUUAAUACGCAGACAAUACCUGGCUUGGAAGACUUGGAAAUCGUCCGAAAUUUACAAAUGUUUACACAGGUCUUCAGAGCUAAGAUCCCUACGGGACAAUCCGCCUCGAUGCCAUCGAAAUAUUUCGCCAGAUUGCUUCAGUCCUUGUAUUUUAAAUUAAGGAGAAUGGUUCCUUGUGCUCUGUGUGAUAUGCAAUUUAAGGUAGCAUUACCUGAGCAAGAUGAAAUACAAUUGACUGUCGUUGGUAUGGCUCUUGGAUUGGGAGAACCUUCGAAUAGAUAUAAAAGGAAAAUUGUAUGUCGUUCCCAGAGCAAGGAUCAAGUAAGAAAAUCAGAUGAUAGUGAUAUGAUAUUUAGUCUUGACGAGGAUCAUGUAGAAAAUAAUGCGAUAACUGACAAUGCAACACGUACUUGUGCCAAUCCAGCAAUCUUAACUGCUGCUUCUGUACAAAAGCCAAGACCACGCUCACCUUUACGUUUAAAAUCAUUUACUACUCAUAGACGUAAACAUGUGCCUUUGAAAGGAAGAUACGGGGUAGAUAUAACACCUUUAUCUUAUCUGCCAGGUGGAAGGAUAGAAAGAUAUCAAGGCAAUCUAAAUUUUUUCUUUAUACGUGAGAGUACAUCGAUACGGGAGAAUGGUGGACUGAGUGGUUUCACUCACAGUUUUGUGAUGGAAGUUUUGGCGAUUGUUCGCGCGCAUAACAGCAUGGGGGGUAAUGCUAUGGUAGCGUUUUUUAUGACUCAAUGCGUGCUUCUUCACAGCCCUCACAAAAAUCAAGGUCAAUGCUUGAUUAACGUAGGUGGUGAUGUUGUAACAGUAUCUUAUUACGCGGAUGAAAAACAUAGCACCAUUUCAAAUUGCUGACCCCAGCCUCCACAUUCAGCGCCACCGUAAUUAUACAUUUGGAAUUUAUUAAGCAAUAUAAUUAAAUGCCAAUAUCACACACACACCUGCAAUAUUGUUAUGAAUAGGACUAAUUCAUUACUAAUUCUACAAAAUUUUUAAUGUACUGUGCAAUAUCUAAUUUUACAAUAUUCUUUUUU